GUUUUUAAUUAUUUUUUUUUAAAAAUGAAACUAUUAAUUUUAAUGACUAAUGCAAUUUUGAUAAGUUUGUCAAAUUCUCAAAAUUGUGGUCGUGUAAAAGUUGGAACUUCAUUUGCAGUUGGAGGUGAAUAUACAACAAAAGGGCAAUUUCCAUGGCUUGCACCUUUAUUUUUUAAGAAAAAUGACAAAUUCUUUUGUGGAUCAACUAUUAUCAGCAAACAAUAUUUACUGAGUGCUUCACAUUGCUUCAAAAAUAAAGGUGAUCGAGUAGCUAUGAAACCAGACAAUGUUUAUAGUCUCCUUGGUAUCUACGAUCUAAGUAGAAUAGAUGAGUCUGGAGUAAUCAGAGCUCAAGUUAGUUCCAUUAAAAUCCAUUCUGAUUGGAAUACACAAAUAGAAACAUACGACGCAGAUAUUGCAAUUUUAAGGCUAACGAAUGAGAUCACUUUUACAAAUUAUAUUCAACCUGCUUGCUUACCUCCAUCAAAUAUGAAUGCAUUCGAGAUUGAUGGAACUGUUGUUGGAUAUGGACUUUCUGACGAAACUUUUGGUGAUCACGAAAUGAGACCGAAAUUUGUUGAAAUCAGUUCAAUUACGCAAGAAGAUUGUUUGAUUGGACGAGAUGUGAUUGCAAGAAUUUCUAGUAAAAGAAUGUUUUGUGCUGGGACCGUUGGAAAAAACCCAUGCAAGGGUGACUCUGGUGGAGGUUUUCAUGUAAAAUUAGGUCAAUCUUACUAUGUUGUUGGAAUCAUAUCAGCAGCAAUUCAUGGAGAAUGUAAAUUGAAUGAAUUUGUGUUAUUCACAAAUGUGCCAAAAUUUGUCAGCUGGAUAACCAGGGAAACUGAUAUCGACAAUACUGGAGAGACCAUUGACUUAGUACUUGAAUCCCUUAAAUGUAAAUUCUAUUACAAUUCGAAUGAUGAUCGCUACGAAUGUCUCAGUGAGAAAAGUUUCAAAUCACUUGUCCCGAAUGUGAAAAUUUCAUCAAUCGAAGGCUCAUUUACAGAUGGAAAUACCUACAGUGAUGUUGACACUAUCAAUAUAAUACAAGGAAAGACCACAUAUGUUCCAGAUUUUACAGCUGCAAAUCGUAAAUUUCCUAAUUUCAGGAAACUUUAUAUCGUAUUAAGUGAACUAAAAUACAUUGAACGAACAAAACUUGCCAAAAUGCCACAAUUGAGAGUUUUAAAUUUCUAUGGAAAUGAAAUUGAGCAUUUGGAUGAAGACGUCUUUAAUGAUUUGAGAAAUUUAGAAACAAUUGCAUUUGUCAAGAACAAAAUUAAAAUUUUACCACAAAAAUUGCUCUGGAAUUUAAUAAAUUUAAAAGAAAUUUGGUCCUAUGAAAACCCAAUUGAAGCAAUUCCAAUCAGAUUUUUCAAAAAUAACAAAAAGUUGAUUAAAGCUUGGAUGGGAUAUAGCAAAAUCAAUAGAAUUGAUGUCAACUUUAAAGCUCUGCCAAAUUUAAACUUGUUGGAUUUAAGACAGAAUGAAUGCAUAAAUGAACAGGGUUGUAGCACAUGCAGCUUGUCAAUUGAAGAUAUGCAGGAUAAAAUUGAUAAACAAUGUUAUGUUGAUAAGAAUUAUGAUACAGCUGUCCAUUUGGAUAUAAGACAAUCAACUCAUUAGUUUUAGUAAUCACCUUUUAAUAAACCAACCGAAUCUAGUUUUUUUUAAAAAUAUUUAAGAGUAAAAGUCACAAUUUUGACUCUCAAUGCUCUCUUAUUAUUAUUUAGCCAACAUAUGAUCUCAAAAAUUAUCACUUUGUUUACUAACCAAAUGCAUUGCCAGUUUACUCAAUACUCAAUGUUCUGCUCUUUUUCUUCAAUCAUAACUGAACAAAUUCUCUCAGUUAAGCUCAAUAAACUCUUCAUAUACUCACAGAUUGUCAGACUUAAAAGCAGUUGUUUGCAAUAUUUAAAAAAUGAAUAAAUUGCAAUUUUUGAUUUUAAUAAUUUCAAUUGAUUUUAUAAAUUCUCAAAAUUGUGGCCGCGUAAAGGUCGGAACAUAUUUUACAGUUGCAAGUAAAUAUGCAAGUAAAGGGCAAUUUCCAUGGCUUGCACCACUUUUUCAUAUGAAAGAUGACGAGUUUUUUUGUGGAUCAACGAUUAUCAGUGAGCAUCACUUACUGAGUGCAUCUCACUGUUUCAAAAACAAGGGUGAAUCAACAAAAGAGUCUGCAGUGAUUAAAGCUCAAGUUAGCUCCAUUAAAAUCCAUUCUGAUUGGAAUACACAAAUAGAAACAUACGACGCAGAUAUUGCAAUUUUAAGGCUCACAAAUAAGAUCACUUUUACAAAUUAUAUUCAACCUGCUUGCUUACCUCCAUCAAAUAUGAAUGCAUUCGAGAUUGAUGGAACUGUUGUUGGAUACGGACUUUCUGACGAAACUUUUGGUGAUCACGAGAUGACACCAAAAUUUGUUAAAAUAAGUUCAGUUACACAAGAAGAUUGUUUGAUUGGACGAGAUGUGAUUGCAAGAAUUUCCAGUAAUAGAAUGUUUCGUGCUGGAAGUAAAUGGAAGAACCCAUGCAGAGUUUAGUAUUUUAAUCAGCUAACGAUUGUAGCAGUUUAGGUUCGAAAACUCCUUGAUUUGUCUGCGAUUGAUAGCUAUGGAAUGAAACUUCAUUAAAUGGGUCGAUUAUUUGUGUUACAGGCACUGUGUAAGGACGAAAUUGUCCUAUAGAAUUAUCGAAUGCUCUAUAAAUUGUUAUAGCGUUCGAGAAUAUUGGAUUCCAGCCUUGCUUUCGGCCACAAUCAAGCUCUAUGAGCUGCAACUCUCGCCAGAAAAUGCUUGAUGCUGAUAGAUCAAUCAUAAACUCUUGCUGUUCUAAGCGACCACGUGUGAGGUGGUUCAAAAUACUAUUUUUAUCACUAAAUACUUAAAUAUGUAUUGAAACUCGACUUUAAUUGAGUUUUAAUGAGCUUUAUGUAUAUAUUAAUGUCUAGAUCUUAAGUUUUUAAUGUUUUUAAAUGAUAUAUUUUAUUUAUUUAUAAGAAAAAUGAAUCUUUUUAUUUUUGAUAUGACAAUAUAAGUCUAGUUCCUUCUCUCUAUCCGUCUGUCCUUUACUUCACCAAAACAUACGCUAUACGAUGAGAUUUUAUUGAAAUUUCAUUUUCAAGGUGAUUCCGAUGGAGGAUUUCAUGUGAAAUUAGGUCAAUCUUACUAUGUUGUUGGAAUUAUAUCAUCAGCAGUUUUUCGUGAAUGUCAUGAAAAUGAAUUUGUUCUGUUCACGAAUGUUCCGAAAUUUCCGCAGAUGGAGGGACAUACAAUGAUGUAGACACAUUUAUUAUAAGAGGAGCAAAUAUUUCAUACAUCCCAGAUUUAACUAUUGUCAAUCAUAUGAUGCCGAAUUUUGUUCAACUUUUGAUUGUUGUAAGUGGAUUAAAAUACAUUGAAAGAACAAAACUUGCUAAAAUGCCACAAUUGAAAGUUUUGAAUUUUUAUGGAAAUCACAUUGAACAUUUUAAUGAAGAUGUCUUCAAUGAUUUGAGAAAUUUGGAGAUGCUAGCUUUUGUGCAUAGCAAAAUCAAAGUAUUGCCUUCGAAAGUAUUAUGGAACUUGAACAAUCUGAAAGAAAUUUUAUCAUUUUACAAUCCAAUCGAAGCGAUUCC